AUGAUCUGCUCACAGCGCAGAGCUGAGCUAAAGCUGACCUUGUCAAUCCCUGGGCCCCUGCCACCUCUCCAUGGGAGAGUGCUCACAGAUGGUGUGGGAGGGAAUUGGCUGGGCUUCAGGAAGAGCAACAGAACUCCCAACCUGGGCUCAACGCUAACCACCAGUGAGGCAGAGCAGCAACGGCACUGUGACAGUUCCCGGGACACCACGCAGUCCGUGGCCAGCUCCGCGCUGGGGCGGCGCAGGAGAACGAGUAGCUCCGCUGGGGCCGUGCAGGAGAACGAGUGGCUCCGCGCUGGGGCCGUGCGGGGAACGAGUGGCUCCGCGCUGCGGACGCACGCGUCGGGCAGCUCCGCGCUGGGGACGCGCGGGGCGCUGGCGGCCGUGCUCUGCUCCGGGCUCCUCGCCUCUGUCCUCGCCGCCUUCCCCAGCAGCCUGCAGAUCGGCGCUCUCUUCCCCAAACAACACUCGCAAGAAUAUUCCGCCUUCCGCUUCGGGCUGUCAUUCUACAACACGGACACACUGUACAAACUCAUCACCCAGACCGAGAGUGUGGACAUCGGCAACAGCUUCGCCGUCACCAACGCGUUCUGCUCGCUCUUUGCUCGCGGGGUCUACGCCAUCUUCGGCUUCUACGACAGGAAGACGGUGAACACACUGAGCUCGUUCUGUGGCGCGCUGCACCUUUCCUUCAUCACGCCCAGCUUCCCCGUCCACACCUCCAACCAGUUUGUCAUCCAGAUGCGGCCCGACAUCCAGGAUGCCCUGCUCAGCGUCAUCGAGCACUACAAGUGGCACAAGUUUGUCUACAUCUACGAUGCCGACAGAGGUCUGUCGGUGUUGCAGCGGGUGCUGGACAUGGCAGCGGAGCAGAGCUGGCAGGUGACGGUGGUGAGCAUGGAGGCCACCACGGCAGAGGGUUACCGCCUGCUGUUCCGUGACCUGGACAAGGGCAAGGAGCGGCGCGUCAUCAUCGAUUGUGAGGCCCACCGGCUCAACGCCAUCAUCACCCAGAUCAUCAGCAUCGGCAAACACAUCCGCGGAUAUCAGUACAUCUUUGCCAGCCUGGGUCUCCUGGACAUGGACCUGGAGCGUUUCCGGGGAGCGGGGGCCAAUGUGACGGGCUUCCAGCUGGUGUGGCCUGAUAGCCCCCCCGUCACCAAGUUCCUGCAGCGCUGGCGGCAGCUCGACAGCAAGGAGUACCAGGGGGUGGACCGGCACCGCCUCAAGUACACGUCGGCCAUGACCUUUGACGGUGUGCUGGUGCUGUCUGAGGCCUUCAAGUAUCUGCGCAAGACCCGCAUCGACAUCUCUCGCCGUGGCAACGCCGGCGACUGCCUGGCCAACCCUGCCGUGCCCUGGGGCCAGGGCAUCGAUAUACAGCGGGCCCUGCAACAGGUCCGCAGUGAGGGUCUGACGGGGAACAUUCAGUUCGAUGAAUUUGGCCACCGCACCAACUUCACCGUCAGCGUGCUGGAGCUGAAGACCGACGGCAUGAGGAAGAUUGGCUACUGGAACGAGGAUGACAAGUUUGUGGCCACCAUGAUCGAUGCUCAUGUCAGCAAUGACACCAACAGCAUACAGAACCAGACCUACAUCGUCACCACCAUCCUGGAGCCGCCCUACGUGAUGCUGAAGAAGAACCAGGAGCAGCUGGAGGGCAACGACAAAUACGAGGGCUACUGCGUGGAGCUGGCCGCCGAGAUCGCCAAGCACGUGGGCUUCAAGUACAAGCUGGCCAUCGUGGCUGAUGGCAAGUACGGAGCUCGAGACCCCGAGAGCAAAGCCUGGAACGGCAUGGUGGGCGAGCUGGUCUACUCGAAAGCUGACAUUGCAGUGGCUCCUUUAACAAUCACGCUGGUCCGUGAGGAGGUCAUCGACUUCUCCAAACCCUUCAUGAGUUUGGGGAUCUCCAUCAUGAUCAAGAAGCCGCAAAAGUCCAAGCCGGGGGUCUUCUCCUUCCUCGACCCGUUGGCCUAUGAGAUCUGGAUGUGCAUCGUCUUUGCCUACAUCGGAGUGAGUGUGGUCCUCUUCCUGGUCAGCAGGUUCAGCCCGUACGAGUGGCAGACAGAGGAAUACGAGGAUAGCCCUGACAUGCAGAGCCUCGAGCAGACCAACGAGUUUGGAAUAUUCAACAGCCUCUGGUUCUCUCUGGGUGCCUUCAUGCAGCAAGGAUGUGACAUCUCCCCCAGUUUACUGAAUGCAAAGGUUCACGAUACAUGGACUCAACACGCUUAGUGCUGCAAGCCACGGUUUCCCAAUCGUGCACAUGCCAUUGCCUGUCAUACGUGUUUAUAUUUUGUAAACCAGCAUCUGCGGAUGUUUGUUUCUACUGUCUGCCUGGAGCCACUUGUUCAUAGUUGGUUUUACUGAAGUUUCCGUUAACUAUUUGUACUGAAGAAUAUACUAAACCCUUCUCAUUUACAGCCCUGUGCAGCAAUUAAUACUCUGCAUCUUACCAGCAGUCACUUGUGUUCCAGUGAACAUCUGGAAACCAUUGUUCACAGCCUUACGGUACUGGGGACUUUACUCAUGACUAACUUUCUUAGGAUUAUACAGUAAGCAAAAUUUUUAUGGUUAUUGAAUAUUGAAUGGAUUUGUGUGUACAUAAUUGUCUGUCUUUCACUGUUUAUGUCCCGACACUGAAGGCCUUUGUGCAUGUUCCAUGUACAAUGAGUAUUCUAAAGCCUGUUUACUGUUUAUAUCAUGGAGGUUCCUGUAGAACCUGCUGUUCCUGGUUCCUGUUGUAUGUACUGUGGAAUGUAGAGUCUAUUAUGCACUGUUUGAUGUGUCAAUAAAUAUAUUAAUGUUUUGAAUUUGCUGGGUUUUUCUGUGCUGAGCCAUCACUGUUUAAUCUGUUGAGUUCCAUGACAAUAGCUCAUUGCCUUUAUAUAGCACCACCAUUCAUCCUUCCCGGAGGAUUCCUUGGACAAUUAUCCAAGGGGAGGCAGAUAGGGAGUGGAGGCAGAUGACCAAGCGCCUGGGGGAAGGGGAGCUUGUUGGUAGCGAGGCAGAUAGUUCGGCCCAUCAUUGCUGUCCUCUAAUGUAGCGUUACCAGGGUUAGCCCAUGUCACAGCGUUAAAGUCACACAGUGUGGAAACAGGCCCUUCGACUCAACUUGCCCAUGCCAACCAACAUGUC